GUGGAAAGAACUACGGGAGAUGUCAAAUUGUGUCACAUAUGUAAACCUAGAAACUCAGCGCUUCCUAAAGACACCAGCGUUGUAAAAGCAGAACCGUACAUCUGUCUGGCUCCAAGAGUUCUCAGGGGUCGCGUUUACGAGCCAGCGGAUGACAUUUACGCCUUCGGGCUCCUGCUCUGGGAACUGCUGUACCCGCAGGAACCACCGUAUAGCGAACAGCGGGGCUGGUCACUGGAGACCUUCAUUGAGAGAUGCAGUACCACGGAGAUGUUACAGAGUGAUCUCAUCAGAUUUGGGCCAUCUGAAGGGGUGUUUAAGAUAUUAUCAGGCUCUUUACAGUUUGAUAGAGAAAACUUGAUAGAGACGUCAGCAACCAUCUUGUGGUAA